AUGCCUUUUACUUUUGAAAAAUACAGGCGCCACCGCGACAGCGCGAACGCUUUUAUGGAACGAAUGAUGAACGGUGCCUCAAACCAUGAAAUUUUGGCCAAAGUCUUAGGUGACAGGAACGAGAGAUUUCUGGACCAUGUCUAUGAAUUGCCCAAGGAUCAGAUGACAGAAUCCAGCCUCUCCAAUGCCGCCAAGUACAAGCUUCAACUGCAUGCAUUCUUCGACAAACCAGACCCAAAUGCUGACUAUUCAGAUCAUUCCAAUGUCUAUCUUGUCGGAAGACCAAACAGAUGGGCACGUGGUUUGAGCCGGACGCCAAAACCCUGCCACUGGUCUAUCUACACCAGAGGUCAUGCCUAUCAUCUAAAGCUGGUGGAAGGGGAUCAGGAACUAUCGUUAGGACUUCGAGACAAUUCCAGUUUGGAUUGGAAAUAUCAACGAGAGCCUAUAUUUGACCCUUUCAUUGCAUACCAUAUCGGAGUCACAGAUUACGAAGAACAACAUGUUUCUCUACUUGCAAAAUGGGUGGUCGAACAAUUGGAUCAUCAUGAACUCUCUACGGCAGCCUAUGAGCAAUUUGUGUUUGGGCUUGGAAUUCGUAUUCUUCGAGGUCCUAGCAACACGACAGCCCUUAUCGGAGAUUUCACACAAAUUCAGAAUCACGACAAAGAAUCAACUACUCCUAGUGGAUUUCUCACUGGCGUACGGCUUGCGGAUCCCCACGAAGAUAUCAGUACUUGGGCCAAGAGAUACUAUCUGAUAUAUCGAAUUGAGACUGAUGCACGAGGACUCGAUCUCUGUUGGAAAAAAGGGAUACUAGGCAAAAUCCCCUGGAACACGCACGAGUACCAUUCCUUCAUCAGGCCUCUGGCUGUAGGGCCACCCGCUGUUACGAAGAUCUUCACGAAGGUGGGACAACGCAUUCCAAUACUGUCAAAAGCUGUUCCUCCACUAUAUCACAGAGGCAUGGCUAUGGCGGCAAUCUACCGCCUGCGAGAAGAAAGUCCGCUUCCACGGGACCUCGUGUUUGUGCCCUUCUAUGGAACAUUGCAUUAUAUCCGCGCUACUCACGAAAUGGCCGAAGAUGAGUUUUGGUUCCUGGUAAAUGACUUUCUGAAUUCUCCGUUCGUCGAAUGCGUUACAUUCAACCGAGGGUUUGGAAACAGAGCUCCGCUCAGAGGAGACCCCGACAGAUCGGAACUGACAGGCCUGGGCCCUGGAUCAUCCCCUGGAGGAAUACUGCAAUCGAGCAGUAGUACCAUGGUCGAAAAAGAGUCUGACGAAUUGGAAUUGACUGUGGAUGGUGACCCAACUGCAGGGCAGAUGCUGCCAUCGAUUCAACUGGGUAGUGGCCCCAUUCGCGGAAAAGAGGAUGGGCUAUUUGAUACCUUGGUUACUCAUUGGUUUGAGCAUAAGGGUGUACUAUGUCAGGUCUUCAUCGAUGGUUCGGCCUUUUUUGAACCUCCCGUUGAAAUUUGA